AGGGAACCAAACCUUACAAAUUUAAGCCGAUAAACUCAAGCCAAAAUCACAAAGAUGGGUGUAGGAGAAAAGGAUCGUCCUAAUAAGAAGAUUAAAUUCUCAAUUAGGCCUACAAUUAUAGAACCAGAAGACGACGAAGAAGAAGAAGAAAAUGGAGAUAAUGAUUCCGACUCUGAACUCCAAAUUUAUAAUAGUGACAAUAAAGGAGUAGAAUUAAUAAGAGAUUUUACAAAGUUAGAGCUCAAACCUGAUCACGAAAAUCGUCCGCUGUGGGUUUGCUCUGACGGUCGUGUUUUUCUGGAAACAUACUCUCCGCUUUACAAGCAAGCUUCUGAUUUCCUUAUCGCCAUUGCUGAACCUGUUUCCCGCCCUCAAUUAAUUCAUGAAUUUAACCUCACACCUCACUCUCUAUACGCUGCCGUUUCGGUCGGUCUUCACACUCAUACAAUUAUCUCUGUCUUCAACAAAUUAUCAAAAACGAAACUUCCCGAAGAAGUUGUUGAUUUUAUUCAAGCUUCCACGUCUAAUUACGGUAAAGUAAAAUUAGUACUCAAGCAAAAUCGUUACCUCAUCGAAUCCCCGUACAUAGAAGUGUUGGAAAAGUUGCUUAUGGAUGAUGUUAUAUCUCGAGCUAGAAUUACAAGUAGUGAUUUAGGGUUAUUGCCAGAGUUGAUGAGUGAAGAAAAAGAGACGCGAUUUUCGUUCGAAAUUGAUCCUGCACAAGUUGAAAGUGUAAAGCAACGUUGCUUACCAAAUGCGUUAAAUUAUCCAAUGUUGGAAGAGUAUGAUUUCAGGAAUGAUACUGUAAAUCCUGACUUGGAUAUGGAGUUGAAAGCUAACGCGCAGCCGCGGCCUUAUCAAGAGAAGAGUCUUAGUAAGAUGUUUGGGAAUGGUAGAGCUAGGUCUGGUAUUAUUGUGCUUCCGUGUGGCGCGGGCAAGUCAUUGGUUGGUGUUUCUGCAGCCACUAGAAUUAAGAAGAGUUGUCUUUGUUUAGCUACAAAUGCAGUGUCUGUUGAUCAAUGGGCUUAUCAAUUCCGGUUAUGGUCAACGAUUCGAGAUGAACAGAUAUGCCGUUUUACUAGUGACAGUAAAGAACAAUUUCGUGGGGAUAUUGCUGCUGGAGUAGUUGUGACAACUUAUAACAUGAUUGCUUUUGGAGGAAAACGUUCUGAAGAAUCUGAGAAACUAAUUGAAGAAAUAAGAAAGAGAGAAUGGGGAUUGCUUCUCUUAGAUGAAGUCCAUGUUGUUCCUGCUCAAAUGUUCAGGAAAGUCAUCGGCCUCACAAAAUCUCACUGCAAACUUGGACUUACUGCAACAUUAGUUAGGGAAGACGAACGGAUUACUGAUUUGAACUUCCUUAUUGGUCCCAAGUUGUACGAGGCGAAUUGGUCUGAUUUAGCAAAAGGAGGAUUUAUUGCUAAUGUGCAGUGUGCUGAGGUUUGGUGUCCGAUGAGUAAGGAAUUUUUUGCUGAGUAUUUGAAACAGGAAAAUCAAAGGAAGAGACAGGCAUUAUACGUAAUGAAUCCGAAUAAAUUCAGGGCUUGUGAGUUUCUCAUCAGGUUCCACGAGCAACAGCGUGCUGAUAAGAUUAUUGUGUUUUCUGAUAACCUGUUUGCACUAAUGGAGUACGCAAUGAAACUUCGGAAGCCUAUGAUCUACGGUGGUACCAGCCACGCGGAGAGGAUGAAAAUACUCGAGGCGUUUAGAACUAGUCCAGAAGUGAACACAGUUUUUCUUUCAAAAGUGGGGGAUAAUUCCAUAGACAUUCCGGAGGCAAAUGUGAUCAUUCAAAUUUCGUCACAUGCUGGUUCAAGGCGCCAAGAGGCACAACGACUAGGUCGUAUACUCAGGGCAAAAGGGCGCCCUCGAGGGAGAUCAGGGAUAGAGGAACACGAUGCCUUCUUUUACUCGCUCGUAUCAACUGAUACACAAGAAAUGUACUACUCAACAAAGAGACAGCAAUUCUUGAUUGAUCAAGGUUAUAGCUUUAAGGUGAUCACAAGUUUGCCUCCGCCGGAUUCAGGACCUGAGUUGAGUUAUUACCAUGUUGAGGAGCAGCUUGGGCUUCUUGGGAAGGUACUAAGUGCCGGCGAAGAUAUGGUUGGGUUGGAGGAAAUAGAAGAAGAAGAUACAGAUGGCAAAGCGCUUCGUAGAGCAAAUCGCAGUGUGGGAUCAAUGAGCACUUAUUCAGGAGCCAAAGGAAUGAUUUAUAUGGAAUAUAAUGGAGGCCAGAAGAAACCUGGAGGAUUUGUCCAGACAAAGAGCAAGCCCAAGGAUUUGUCCAAGAGACACUUCUUAUUCAAAAAACGCUAUGUUUGAAUAGGGAUUGUAUUGGUAAAAAUGCGUUAUGUAAGGUUUGUCUUAGAUAGUGUAAAGUAGUAGUUUGAUGUGGCAUCCAGCUGCUUGUCUAGAGCCUUUUGUGAAUAGUUUAGGUUCAUUUAGUAGGAAUGAAUGUAGUUUCUGCCACUUAACUUUUUUUGUUCUCUUCUUAAUUUGGGGUGGAAAGAUUUUUCCGAGGACUCGGAAUUGGAAUUCCGAACAACAAUAACUAAUGCUUCAAUGUACACAUAUUUUUUUAAUAAUAUAUAUACAAUACAUC